AUGCCCCCUGUUCUUCUCUCUGACCGGAGACGAUGCACCAUUGGGUGUGGAUGCUCUAGCCCACGAAUGGCCAGACGUGUUACUGUACGCGUUCCCUCCGUUGAGCUUGAUCGAGCCAACACUACGGAGGGUUCGGGAGCCGGACAUGUUAUGAUUCUGAUCGCACCGUUCUGGCCGGGAGACUGUGGAUUGCGGAGAUCGCGCAACUGCUCCACAACCAGCCGUGGCCGUUACCAACGCCGCAGAGAUCUCCUCUCGCAAGCACUGGGGAAAUUUUCCAUCCCUCCCUCAGAAAUUAGCUCUCUGGGCCUGGCCCGUGAGAGGUUGAAUCUGAGCGCAGCCGGGCUACCUCCGAAGGUGAUUGAGACGAUUCAGAACGCGAGGGCUGCCUCGACUCGUUCUUUAUAUGAUCUCAAAUGGAGAGUUUUUGAGGAAUGGUGUGCUGACAAGAACAUUGUUCCUUUCUUGUGCUCUGUGUCGAACGUGUUGAGUUUCCUUCAGGACCUCCUGGAUAAGGGCAGAGCCUUCUCCACGGUUAAGGUUUAUUUGUCCGCUAUAUCAGCGUGUCAUGUGGGUAUUGACUCGGGUACCAUCGGCCGACACCCACUAGUCUGUCGAUUCAUGAGAGGGGCACGCAGGCUACACCCGGUGUCAAAGCCACUGGUCCCGCCAUGGGAUUUGUCGGUAGUACUGAACGCGCUCUCAAAAGCUCCGUUUGAACCCAUUGAUAGCAUUGUCUUAAAGCUGCUCGCUUUGAAGACUGCUUUGUUACUGGCUCUUACAACGGCAAAGAGGGUCAGUGAACUACAGGCUUUAUCGGUUCAUCCCUCAUGUAUGAUGUUCGCCCCUGAUGGUCAAAGAGCUCUUUUCAGGACUAAUCCGGCGUUCGUGCCCAAAGUACUGGAUCACGCGGAUACAGUAAGAGCGGUUGACUUGCCAGCUUUUCAUCCACCUCCUUUUUCUUCACCAGAGGAGGAGAGGUUACACUGUUUAUGUCCGGUUCGUACGCUGUACAUGUAUGUACAGAGAACCCGCACAUUGCGGAAAAGUAACCAGCUGUUUGUAUCAUGGGCUGACUCUUUUAAGGGAAAGCCUAUAUCACGGCAACGUCUUUCCCAUUGGAUGGUAGAGGCUAUUGUGUUAUGCUAUAACAGCAUGAACAUGGAGCCCCCAGUAGGUCUGCGAGCGCAUUCUACAAGGGGAAUGUCUACAUCCUGGGCUCUAUUUAAGGGUAUAUCGAUUCAAGAAAUUUGCGCGGCAGCCAGCUGGUCCUCUCCGCACACAUUUAUACGUUUUUAUAGAUUGGAUGUUACAGAGCCAUCUCUGGCGCACUCAGUUCUGGGAGUAAGUAGCCAGAGGGUGUGAGUUGGUUCGUUUUUGGUAAGUGGAUAUUUUAUCUCCUUUUGUUUUCAGUCUGCUUCGUCAGCAUAUCGGCAAUACGGGA